UCACAAAGUUUCUUUCUUUUCAAGAUUAUCAUGUCUUGGUUUUUCUCCCAUUGUUCCAUUCACCUUCUCUCCGUUCAACUUCCAUGAAGGACUCGCUUUAGCUUUUGCAUUUUUACAGAAAUGAACACACACCCACAACCUCUCCUUCUCUUUAUUUUCCUCCUUUCUCCGUCAAUUUCAGCUGUUGAUCUUCUCUUCAAUGGCUUCAACUCCUCUGAUCUCCUACUCUUCGGCAACGCCACCAUUGAUUCUCGAAUUCUCACACUCACAAGAAACACAUCUUUCACAAUCGGUCGAGCUCUUUACUCGACAAAAAUCCUCACAAAAGACCCAAAUACCUCUAUCGUCCUUCCUUUCUCUACCUCUUUCAUAUUCUCCAUAGCUCCUCUCAAAGGUGUUCUCCCGGGCCAUGGCAUAGUCUUCAUCUUCAUACCCUUUACCGGUAUCCAAGGAUCCAGCUCUGCCCAACAUCUGGGUCUGUUUAAUCUCACCAACAACGGGGACUCCAACAACCACGUUCUCGGCAUUGAGUUUGAUGUUUUCAAGAACCAAGAAUUCGAUGAUAUUGACGAUAAUCAUGUGGGUGUUGAUGUUAACUCUCUCAAAUCGGUUGGAGCACACCGGGCCGGGUUUUGGCCCGAUAACAGUGCCGCCGGCGACGAGGAAUCAUUCGAGGAAGUGAAGCUUAAUAAUGGUAAAAACUAUCAAGUUUGGAUCGAUUAUGCAGAUUCUGUAAUUAAUGUUACUAUGGCACCAGUAGGGAAGAAAAAACCUAGACGGCCUUUACUAAAUUUUUCUCUUGAUUUAUCUGAUGUUUUUGAAGAUGAAAUGUUUAUUGGAUUCACUGGAGCAACAGGCAGAUUAGUUGAAGGUCAUAGGAUUCUAGCUUGGAGCUUUAGUAAUACAAAUUUUUCAUUUAUGAAGCUUGAUUACUUCUGGUUUGCCAUCAUUUGUUCUACCGGGAAGCUCAAU